AUGGACCCAGCGGGUGUAGCUACUUCGCUGCUGGUUUUGCUGGCAGCAAACAACUCCUCGAUACUCGACUGUGUCUGUAACCACGUCGCCAGCGUCACCGACGAAAUGAGUUACGGUGAUGGACUGAUGUGGGAGACGUACUGCCAAGACCUCGGAAAUUAUUAUCUGUUCGAAACGUGCGAGAACCUGGAGGCGCCGUCCGUCGCGGUGCCGGCCGCCGCACGGCUGGUGCCGCGCAGAGGCCACGAGCCGCCGCCCGCGGAGGACGAGGAGUGCGGCCGCGCCCUCGCGGAGGUCCGCCACCUCACGGAGGACAGCUCCAGGGAGCUCACCAGGGGCCUCAUCCGCGGCGUCGCUGCCGACUGCAUUCGCUCUUGCUCCGUACAAGGGUUGGAUGACAUGGAAUGGAACCUGGAGACACUGCAAAAGGAUCAGCUGAGGAGUGCGAUCCUCUCCAAAUUACUGCACGCUGUACAGCAGAUCACAAGAGCCAUAAACCACAGGAAUCGCCUUGUCUUGGAUUAUAAUUGGGAAUUUCUUCAUAAUGACCAGAACCUCAGCAAAACUGAAUUCCAGGCCGAGAUACCGGUCUUCCUGGAGCACCUCUCUGACUACUGGCGGGACUCGGCGCAACUGCUCUCACUGGGUGUGAAAUAUUUCUCUCAGCUGCUCGUCCCCCUCGCUUUCGAGCACAUGGGUAUCCACUCAAAUGAUCUGCAACGCCACGGAUGGAUUAAGAGCAUGAAACAUCUGAGAGACAUGCUGCACACGAAAUUAAGCGGCUGGGUUCAUGAUGUGCAAUCCGUCAGCGAGCAGAUGGCGUACUACAAAGUGGAAGAACACAAUAACAGGCCUGGGACUUAUAUACUUAGACGACCUCUGUUGAAUCAUGACCUACUGUCCUACCACGAGCGGUUCCUCUCCUUCAGGGACGACUUUACUACGCUGUGCGGCACGCGACAUCGACGGGCGUCACAAAUGUUUGGUCUCGCCGACGCACUGUAUUCCUUCUAUUAUUAUAACUGGUUCUUCGACCUACAGUUUGUAGGUGACAUCGAGAGUUUAGAUGAGGAGUGGCAGAGGGAGGACAGAAGCAACGCCAUGCUCUCCGUGGACACUGACUGCGUGCAGCUGUUGUCGAACGCCCUCGACAACCCCACGUGUCCACUGGAAGACCUGCCACCGGAAACCAAAAACCUGCGCGAGCGGUGCCGCGUGCAGCUGUGGGACGACAUGGUGCAGAGGUCGCCCCACGUACCCGUCACCAGCUACCUGGCCUACACGCAGAGGAUAAACGUCAACCUCUGUCUGCUGGCCUGGAUGACAGUCAACUCGUUCAGCGUUAAGCUGUGUGUUCUGGCUGCCACCAUUUACUCUGCCACCUGCUGGGCUUUAACUCCAAAUAAAGAUGACCUGAAAAACUGGCACUGA